CAUAUAUAUUGCUAGCUAGUGAUCACCACAUAUGUACGUACGUACUGAGCUACCAAUAUAUAAGAGUAGCGGCUGCCUCGUCACCCGUUACCACCUAUCCCCUUCCUUUCUUGCUUGCUCGAUCUCUGUCCCUUUAAUAGAAAACAAAGACAUACUUUGAUAAAAAGGUGUAUUAUACUAUACUUUGAACUGCAACCAGCAAUAUGACUGCGACACCUUUUGUUCCCGCAGCCAAGAGUACCUGCAGAGUUCUGAUUGUCGGAGCAACAGGUUUCAUGGGCCAGUUCGUCGCAGAAGCCAGCCUACUCACCGGCCGACCCACCUAUCUUCUCGUCCGUCCGGGCUCCGUUUCCCCUUCUAAGGCAAAAUCCAUAAAAAAUCUCCAAGACAAAGGCGCCAUAAUUUUGCAUGGACUGAUUAAUGAUAAGGAAGUCAUGGAGAAAAUACUGAGAGAGCACGAGAUUGAUGUAGUAAUAUCAGCUGUGGGAGGUGAAAAAGUACUGGACCAGCUGACUUUAAUCGAGGCCAUGAAAACUUCUGGUACUAUUAAGAGAUUUCUGCCGUCGGAGUUCGGGCACGACGUAGACAGAGCUGAUCCGGUGGAGCCAGGGCUGACCAUGUACAUAGACAAGAGAAGGGUCAGGCGUUCGAUCGAGGCGUCCGGCAUACCCUACACGUAUAUAUGUUGCAAUUCCAUUGCUUCUUGGCCUUACUACGACAACACUCACCCUUCCGAGGUUGUUCCUCCCUUGGAUCAGUUCCAAAUCUACGGUGAUGGUACUGUCAAAGCUUACUUUGUUGCUGGCACUGAUAUUGGGAAAUUUACAAUGAAAACUGUUGAUGACAUUCGAACCCUCGACAAGUGUGUGCAUUUUCGACCCACCUGCAAUCUCUACAACAUCAAUGAGCUUGCAUCUUUGUGGGAGAAAAAGAUUGGAAAGACACUCCCUCGAGUUACCGUCACUGAAAAUGACCUACUAGCUGCAGCUGCAGAGAAUCGCAUACCUCAAAGUAUUGUUGCAUCAUUCACCCAUGAUAUAUUCAUAAAGGGCUGUCAAAUCAAUUUCCAAAUCGAUGGCCCUCAAGAUGUUGAAGUGAGCACUCUCUACCCUGAUGAAACUUUCCUAACCUUGGACGAGUGCUUCAAUGAUUUUCUUGUCAAAGUGGACAGAAAGUCUAUCAGUACCAGUGAAAUUACCACCACAAGUCCCAUGGCUGAAUCUAUGGAAAUCACUGCAACAUGUGCUUGAGUGUUACUAUUACAAGAUUGAUUUUUUUUUGUGUGUGGAAAAUAAUAGUACAUAAAUAUGGAAUUCAAUUUGCUUACUAUGAUUUAACCUGAAUUCCGAGUGAUUAUUUGAAGGAACAUCAUUACUUGUACUUGUUUUGGCUGAGAAAACUGCUACUGAUGUGAAUGGGGGAGGGCAGUGGAUUGAAUUUAGAGGCAUGGGGUCUCAACCAUAAGAUGUACUCAUUAGUCUUCAACUUGUGCAAUGCACAGGAAUGACUGAUUUUAUUAAAUAAAGAUACUUUAUGUUA